AUGUCAUUCUUAAAUCAAGACGCUCCUCCUGGUUAUAUCAGUGGUUUGGGACGAGGUGCUACCGGGUUUUCGACCCAAGCAGAUUUUGGCAGUACCAGCAGGGUCAAGUCUGAAGAUCAUGGACAGUUUGAAGACGCUGAAAACGAUGAUGAAGCAGACAAGCACGUUAUUGCUGAUGACAAGGAUGAUGAUGAAGCUGAUUCUUUAUUUGAACUGAUUGACAAGAAAUUGAAGAGAAAGAAGAGGAAGGUGAAGAAGCAUCGAACCAUUGAUGAAGAUGGUACCAAUACCAAAGUUCAAGUAACGGAAAUUAAAAGUGGCGAAGCUAUCAAAGAAAUUGGUAAUGAAUUUGCUGAUGCCAAACAAGAACUAGCUUCUGUCUCGACCGAUGAAUGGCUUAGCUUACCCGAGUCUGGAGAUUUUACUAAGAAAACCAAAAGAAGAAGAGAGCAGAUGCAGGAGCAGCAGAGAUAUUAUAGAAAUUCUGAUAAUAUCACCUUAGGAUUGAGGGAUUCUGCCGGUGAUUCAACGUAUAAAUUGGAUAUUUCUCGGAUAUCCAUUGCUAGAGACCAGGUAUUAGCUGGACAAUUGGCUCAGGCGAACGACAAUAAAGUAGGUGUUAAUCAAUUAGAAUAUAUAAGUGAGCUGGAAAAGAAAGAUCAAGAUGGCGUGAGUCAUGGUGUUUCCAAGUUUGUUAGCAACGUGGGAGAUUAUCAACGGACACGUAGUAUGUUUGCUAAAUUGAGACGCUCUGAACCAUAUAAGGCCGAAAAUUGGAUAGCUAGUGCUCGAUUGGAGGUGGAUGCUAAAAAGUUAAAUCGAGCCAGAGAAUUGAUAUCAGAAGGUUGUGAAAAGUGCCCUAAGAGUGAAGAGGUAUGGUUGGUGAGUCUUGAGAUACACAGUGAUGACUACCAGGCCUGUAGAGUCAUUGUUGCAGACUCUGUGAGAUCGAAUCCACGAUCACUAAGACUUUGGCUAAAAGCUGUUAGUUUUGAAACCGAUGAGCUAAGCAAAAAAAGAGUUCUUAUGAGGGCUUUGGAGUUUUUACCUAAGUCGGUAAGUCUUUGGCUUGAAAUUGUGAAGUAUGAAAAUGAUAGGGACAUGCAGGUGCAGAUGCUGCGUAAGGCCACUAGUCUGAUACCUACUUCAGUAGAAUUGUGGCUUAAAUUGGCCUCGAUCCAACUUGUUCCAGAUGCUCAGCAAACUUUAAAUGAGGCUAGAGCUGCGGUAAAUGCAGAAACUGCCUAUAUAUUGUGGCUUUCUUCCGCUAAAUUAGAGGAGAAAGCAAGUGGGAAUGAGAUAAAAGUCACAAGGAUUGUCGAGAAAUGUUUUCAGACUGUGGGAAAUACUUUAAAGAGGGAAGAUUGGCUUCAUGAAGCUAUUGAAAGUGAGGAAGAAUAUCCGUUGACAGCGAGGGCUGUUGUAUUCAAUAGUAUGAAUGUUGGCUUGGAAUUGUCCGAUUGCAGACUACAAACAUGGAAAGAAGAUGCCUUGAAAGCUUCUCAGAACGGCCACAACGAAGUUGCCAGAUCCAUAUACAUGUUUGUUACGUCAAAUCAUCCUGAUGAUACCAAAACUUGGCUUGAAUAUGCUUCCUUUGAGAAGAAGCUGGGAAACAUAUCUGCUUUGUACGUUGUUUAUGAGAUGGCGACAAAAGCUUGUCCAAAUUGUGUUCAACUCCACUUGAUGUAUGCGAAAGAUAAAUGGAACAUUGACAACGAUAUUGACAGAGCUAGGGAUAUUUUGAAGGAGGCUUUGAAACUCAAUCGUCAGUCAGAAGAUGUUUGGUUUGCUGCUGCGAAGCUUGAAUGGAUAAAUGGACGUCUAGAAAGCGCCAUCAAGCUUUACGAAGAGUGCCGUAAAACAGUAGUUGAACCUACAGCUAGAGCAUGGUAUAAUCAAGUAACUUUAGAAAGAUAUAUGGGCAGUACAGAAAAUGCCAUAACGUUGGUUGAUCAAGGAUUGCAACAUCAUGAGAUGGAGCCCAAACUUUAUCUUCAAAAGGGACAAAUCAAUGAGUCCUUAGGAAAAUAUGAAGAGGCUAGAGAAGUCUAUGACCUGGGUUGUAAAAAAUGUCCGGAAAGCUAUCUUCUAUGGAUUCAUCUUGCACGCAUGUACAAAGAUAAACUAGACAGAAAGAUUAAGGCACGUUCGACAUUAGAAGAAGCAAUUGCGUCAUACCCUAAAGAAGAGAACUUGUAUAUUGCAUGGCUAAGAGUUGAAGGUGAGAAGAGUUCUGCUGCCUUAAUGAUUAUUUCUAAGGGACUUCAACAGAUCCCUGAUUCGCCUCUACUAUGGUCUGCCAAUAUUCUGCAAGCAAAGCCACAGCAUCGGAAAAACAUGUACGCUACGGCGCUCAGCAAAACAGGCGAUCAUGUGGUGGUAGUUCUUACGGUGGCACGGGAUCUAAUGGCUUGUGGUAAAUUGGCACAGGCCAAACGAUUUUUUGAUGCUUGUAUUGAGAAAGAUCCAGAUUAUGGAGAUGCCUAUAAGUAUUAUCAUGAUUUUCUCCAGAAGUAUGGUGAGGCCAAACAGGUGGAAGAGUUGGAAAGGAAGUUUGUUGAGAAUGAACCUCAUCAUGGAGAGAACUGGUGCAGUAUGAUGAAAAGCAUUGAGAACUUGGGGAAAUCGAUGAAGGAACUUGCGAGAGAGUUUUUAUAG